AUUUCGGAAUGCAGCGGCUGAUAGUAAAGAUGCAGAUAUAGAGCAGAAAAAGUAAACAGUCGUAAAUGAGGCAAUCACGGCUUGACGUUUGUUUUGGUAGUACGGAGCGCUCCGCGAGUGUGCCGGCGCCGACGACUCCGGAGUGCGCUCUCCAGCUAGUGGCUUCGCUCAUAACUUUUAACCCGAUAGCCUGGUUCUAUAAAAAGGGGCUACACGGUGACAAACCGACGCAGUGCUAAUAGUGUUGUUAGCCGUGUCAGCUACCUAACUACCUAGCGAAACCAAAUCGGAUCGACACCGCACACAUCGCAUCGUUUAGGCCAGCGCUUCUUCCCGACGUGCAGACGCGCGCCGACCUUGCUGAGCGCACACGAAAACCGCGCCAACGGGCGAUCACCAAUCCCAACGGGUGGGUUAAUGGAGUAGCGGAUUGCAGCACCGAUUUAAAGUCAACAAUAAAAUAUGCUAAUGGGACCACUGAUAUACGUCUUCGUGCUGGCGCACGCGGCUGUCCAAAUCGAUUGUAUUCUCUACCCCCGUGAGUCGGAAACUCGUGAAGUGCGAACCUUGGACGGACUUUGGAACUUUGCGGUUCCCCCAACGGCAAAUAAAUCUCUCGGCUUCUAUCAACAAUGGUACUCUCACGAUUUGAACCGAAACGAACAAGUUUCUUCAAUUUUAAUGCCGGUACCUUCUUCUUACAAUGACAUUACACAGGAUGCAGAACUUCGUGACCAUUUAGGGGUAGUAUGGUACGACAGAACUUUCUUCGUGCCUAAAUCAUGGGCUUCCCAACGAGUUUGGCUAAGAUUUUCAUCGGUUUCAUAUGCUGCGCAAGUGUGGAUUAAUGGGGAGUUAUUGCUGGUACAUGAAAUGGGUCAUUUGCCGUUUGAGAGUGAACUGGGCGAGUAUUUAUUAUACGGUCAAGAAAAUCGUGUCACCGUCGCAUGUGACAACACAUUACUGCCAACCACAGUGCCCCAAGGCAAUGUUCAAGAAGUCAACACGGACAAUGGAAAAAAAUACAUCCAAACAUAUACCUUUGAUUUCUUCAAUUAUGCCGGUAUUCAUCGAUCUGUCCAUCUGUAUACAACGCCACAGCAGUUCAUCGAAGAUGUUUCCGUGGUCACCGUCAUUGAUCAGGAUGGUGAAACUGGUGUGGUGUACUAUAACGUCAGCAGUCGAGUAAACAAUGCUGUACGAUUGACGUUGUAUGAUCGCGAUGGUCAGGCGGUCGCCUCCGAAGUAGGCACGCCAAACAACGAAGGAACGCUCAAAGUUCCAAACGCCAAAUUAUGGUGGCCCUAUUUGAUGGAUCCGGAACCCGGAUAUUUGUACACCAUGGAAGUGGAACUUUUUAAUGACGAUAAUGAUCAAAUUGUUGAUGUGUACCGCUUGAAGGUGGGAAUUCGUGAAGUCACCUGGAGCAAUACCUCUUUAUACAUGAAUGGUAAACCGGUGUACCUACACGGAUUUGGAAAACAUGAAGAUUCUGACAUCCGUGGCAAAGGUUUAGAUUUUCCUGUGAUUAUUAAAGAUUUUAAUUUGAUUAAAUGGGUCGGUGGUAAUACAUUCAGAACAUCCCAUUAUCCUUACGCUGAAGAGAUCAUGGAUCUGGCUGAUGAGACAGGGAUUAUGGUAAUAGAUGAAUGUCCAAGUGUUGAUACAGAACCAGAUUUUCAUUAUACAUUUUACAGCUUGUUUUCGUCGACAUUACUGGAAAAACAUAAAAGUUCACUCACACAGCUCAUUGCAAGGGACAAAAAUCAUCCCAGUGUGAUUGCAUGGUCCAUUGCCAACGAACCCCGCACUCAAACGAAAGCAGCGGGCGAAUAUUUUGGUAAAGUAGCGAAUCACACACGAAAACUAGACCCGAGGAGACCUAUCACAUUGGCGGUAGCACGAGGUGUUAGUGAAGAUCAAUCAGGACAACAUAUGGAUUUCAUCAGCUUUAAUCGCUACAAUGCGUGGUACAGUAACCCGGGACAUUUAGACAUGGUCACGUUGAAUGUGAUUAAAGAAGCGACGCAGUGGCAUGAAAAGUAUAACAAACCGGUGUUGAUGUCGGAGUAUGGCGGGGACACACUGGCUGGAUUACAUUUAUAUCCGGCGUAUAUUUGGACCGAAGAAUAUCAGGUUGCAUUGUUUUCCAAGCACUUUGAAGCGUUUGAUCAUCUCAGGGACAAAGAAUGGUUCAUAGGCGAGUAUGUAUGGAACUUCGCUGAUUUUAAAACCGCGCAAACGUAUACAAGAGUUGGAGGAAAUAAUAAGGGUAUUUUCACGCGUCAACGCCAACCAAAGGCGGCUGCAUAUCAUUUACGUCGUCGUUAUUUCGCUAUUGCCAAUGAGUUGUACAAUGCUACAUUACCCAAUGACUUGUAUCUAUACACCGCGUCUGUUCAAAAGUAUCAUGAGGAGCUAUAAGAAACAAGAAUUAUAAUACUAUGUAAUAUACAUUACGUUUUUA